GCUUGGCUUGGACACCCGCUCACACCUUAUCUCCUGUGAUGCAUGCACAACUGUGUUGCACUAUCCAUAGUAUCUCAGAGACAGACUGUCACGAAGCGAGAUGGAGAAAACAGACGUUGGGAGCUGGUUGCCUACCAGUUAUGCAGUACAACAGAACGCAUAGGCCGCUUUGUUCUCAGAGGAGACAAAAAGAUGACAAACAAUAACCUGAAUAAGCUGUUGGCUUUUUGUGUAUUAUUUUGCACUCAGAAAACAUCCAUCGUGCAUGGUGCACAAGCUUUGGAAACUAAAGUGUCUCUGCUGCUCCACGCUGAGCCAGAGAAUCCAAAGUGCUUUGCUGAAGGGAUGUCAGACCUCACCUGCUUCUGGGAGGAGGAUGAGGAAAGGGCUGGCUCUGCUGACCAAUACUCAUUCAUAUACACAUACCAGAAUGAGAACAGCAGUGAGUGUUCCGUAACUGCCCUACCAGCAGCAGGUGGCAAGAGGCUGUAUUUUUGCAGGUUGUCCCAGACUCAAUUAUUUGUGCCCCUUGACAUCCGGGUGUUUCGGGACGACCUGCUGAUCCACAACCGCAGUCUCUUCAUUGAAGUUGUCUUCCUGUUAGACCCGCCUGCCAAUCUGACAUUGACGAGUACAGGGACGCAGGGGCAGCUGAAGGCCAGCUGGCUGCCUCCCUCUCUCAAGUACAUGGGUGACAGCAUGAUGUACGAGGUCAGCUACGCCAUGGCAGGGAGCCACAUUGGAAAGGUGGAGGAGGUGCAAGCCAGCUCUGAGCUCAUCUUGCGUGGUCUGCAGUCAGGCACUAAGUACAAGGUGCGCAUUCGUGUCAAACUGGACGGCAUCAGCUACAGCGGCUACUGGAGCGCCUGGACUGACCCGGUACUGAUGGAAACAAUGCCUGGUGACUUGGACCCUCUCAUCGUGUCCCUGAGUCUCAUCAUCUCUCUUGUCCUCACCCUGCUGUCUCUCCUUGUGCUCAUGUCUCAUCGCAGGUUCCUGUUGAAGAAGAUCUGGCCAAUCAUUCCCACCCCUGAAAGCAAGUUCCAAGGCCUCUUUAAGGUUUAUGACGGUGACUUUCAGGAGUGGUUGGGCCACAGCACUGGAGGCUUAUGGUUGAGGCCAACCUACUUCUACUCCGAGGAAUUCCCUGCGCCACUAGAGGUGCUCUCAGAGGUUAGCCUUGGUCCCGUCUUACCCAGCUCCGCUUUGCCGCCCAAGGCCUCAGAGGCACUUGGUGAGGAGGAGGAUGAAGACAAGAAGCUAAAGAGGGUGGAUCCUGCAUUGAUGGAGGGGUGGAGAGAAACCCCCCAGGAGCACUGGCCGAUGGACCAGCUCCGGGCUAUUCAUAGGCACCCUGCACCCUGGACCCAGUCUUCUCUACUGGAGUCCCAUGAUGCCUAUGUCACCCUCAAUGCUCAGAACCACAGUGUGGAGGAGCCUCUGGACGACAUAUUGGAAGAAACCUUGCCCCUGCAGGUUCUCUUUGCCUCUGGAAGGACAUCCUCUGAAUCUCGAUCAGACUUGUCCUCCAAUGUCCAACAGAGCUCAGGAUCGGGCCGCCUCUCGUCCCAGUCCAGUUUUGAGUACCCAAACCACACCUGGCCGUCCAAGGGCCCCGGGUACACAUACAUGGCGGUGGCCGACUCAGGCGUCUCCAUGGAUUACAGUCCGAUGAGCUCGAAUAAGAUCGAUGACAUUGGGAAGGGAGUUAUCUAUACCAAUGAGUACAAGAACGAGAUCCCUGCACACAGAAGACCCAUAGGUUCGCCCAUUCACUUUGCAUUCUGAAUUAAGGCUAAGCUAUGUUACAGGCUAUGUAUGAACUGAGGCUUAAAUGUCCAUUGAAGCUGAAAAACAGUUGGGAUGUUUGGCCAAGGCUUCUACAUGGACUCCAUCUUCUUGUCAGUGGAAUGUAAAAAGCCAGGGUGUAGGCUACUCUCAUAACUAUGAGAUAACAGACAAAGCAACAUUUAAGCUCAAAGGCUUUGGUGAGGAAAAGUCAAAAGUAUCCCUGAUAAGGAUUUCAUACUUCUUUGGAUGUCACAAGCUCAUUCUCACAAUAUCCCGUCAAUCAGAAGGCAGCUGCUUGAGAAAUACAUGACCAACUAAAACACUCUAAAGCUGAUAUUAUAAAACACGUGUAAUGUGUAUAUUCUUAAAUCACUGGAUCUUGUAGGUCAAUUUAUAAGGUUAUUUACUAUAUUUUUAUUGGAAUAACUAGAUAAAGUUGACACUUAAAUUUAUAAAUAUUGUGUUUGUCUAUUGUGUACUGUACAAGAGUAUCACUAAUAUGUAGCCAUGGUCUUAACAUGAAGCUCCUGCGAGAAUGAAGAGGUACUGUAGGAUGUGCAGGAAUGUGUUUAGGCAAUGUGUCACAUUUCAGUAUGAUGCUAUUGUACACCUCUUGCUUGCAAUGGAUAGAUCAACAAAGGUUGUAAAAGUCAUGAUGGUUCCAGUGUAUGAAUGUGUGUAUAUCUGUCUAAUUGUCACCUCAUUGAAUCUUACAUGUUAUCAUACAUUUUGAGAGGCCAUAAUUGCUGAAACUGUAAAUAAUUCAAAUGUUUUUUUUGUUUUUUUAAUAAACACCAGUUUGUUGAAAAUGUAGGUAAUUCCUCCCACCCAACAAACAAACAUUGUGAUUUGGCUAAAUGCAUGGGUAGAUUGAAAAAAGCUUGUCACAUUUUAAGUUGUCCAUUGGUAAACAAUACAGUUGUAUAUAUAGGCACAUGUGAAUAUGACAAUUCAAUGUGGUAGGGUCGGCACACUCAACUCUGACCCUACAAGGUCCGGAGCCUGCUGGUUUUCUGUUCUACCUGAUAAUUAAUUGCACACACCUGGAGUCACAGGUCUAAAUCAGUCCCUGACUAGUGGGGAACAAUGAAAACGUAGUUGAACUGGCUUCGAGGUCCAGAGUUUAGUUUGAGGGUGGUAGAGUAUCGCAAUAUUCUUUCCAUGGCAAAACUAUAACAAAGCAGAUUAAACUCUUUGGUCCUUUAAAAGCCUGCUAUAUGUAAAAUAUUAUGCGCUAUAGCUUGGAAAAUAAAUAAAUGUGGAUGACAACAAAAUGAUUUGUUUCCAGCAUUGGGGCGGUUUUCCUAAAGAAGUUAAAUCUGUUUCAUGUUUUGUUUCUUUGCCAAGAUAGGGGUAUCGUCCCGUUCCUUAGAAUGUGGACAGUAGUUGAGUAGCCUGGGCAUUGGGGAAAAGGGUAUUGGACGUCAUAACAAGUGAAGUUCACAACUUUCCUUAUAUGACUGACCUAGAUCUUAGCAUAAUGAGAUGAGGUUCUGAUCUGUCCAGAUAAGAUGAGGAGCACAAUCCCCUCACAGAACACAGGUAUAGAACAUAGCCUAGUAAAUAAGGGGAAAUCAUUUAAAAACAACCCAUGGGAAAAUUUGUUUAGAAUAAAGGCUCCAAUCAAACAUGUUUUGUUUAUUUUUAGUUUACUAACAUUUGGAAUAUGAAUUAGUUCCUAAUUUGUCUAUCUUUAAACCCUUUGCUUUUCAGUGAUUUUUUGUGUUCAUUUCUAAACAAACUGGUGAAUGUUUCCUGACUUUUUCAUUAAAUGUUAUGAUAAUACUGUGAUGAUUACCUAUAUGAAACUUCUGACAACCUAUCAUUUCUGUAACUCUCUUUAUGGUCAACAAAAAUGUCAAUAUAAUGCCUGAAAUAUAACAUAAAUGUUAAUCAAUUCUGAUGCGCUUCUAUAUUUGAUAUCUUCACAAUAUUUUUAUUUUUUUGUACUAAUACGAUUUAAAAAAUGUAUGGCAUUAAAGCAAAUUAAAUGUUAUUGGUCACAUAUACAUAUUUAGCAGAUGUUAUUGCGGGUGUAGCGAAAUGCUUGUAAACUGUGCACCAUUUGAUGUACUUGUUGUCCUUUAGUUGAGAAAAAUGUGGAGAGACAUUCUAAUUGUCCCUGACAGCUAAUAGUUAUAGAUGGUUUCGUUGUUUAGCAAUAAAACCGACAGGUGCCCAACUAUGUGGCAAAAUCGACAGGGUUGGCUUAGAUUGUUGACAACAUGUACACUAUAUUUUGUCUCCAAUGUUUAUUGAAAACAUAAAUAAAGUUGUACAAUGAG